AUGACAAUAAUAAAUACAUCAAAUUCAUCAUCAAUCAUUAUUUUAAUUUUAAUUGGAAUUUGUCUUAGUCUUAUUGCAUUAAUAACUGCACUUGGAAAUAUAAUUGUACUUUUAGCUUUUUAUUGUGACAAAAAUUUGCGAACAAUCAAUGAUUAUUUUAUAUUAAAUAUGGCAAUAGCGGAUUUUCUUGUUGGCUCUUUCUGUAUUCCAUUUUAUAUUCCAUUCAGUAUGACACAGUUAUGGCCAUAUGGAAGUCUUUUUUGUAAAAUAUGGGUUACAAUUGAUGAUGUUGCAACAAUGACUAGUGUUAUUAAUAUAGUAGCAAUUAGUAUUAACCGUUAUUGGCCAAUAGCUUAUCCUAUAUCAUAUCGAAAAUAUGUGAAACAACAUUUUGUUUAUUUAGUAAUGGGAGCUAUAUGGUGUUUUUCUUUUAUUAAUUUUGCUCCGGGUAUUUGGUUAUUAAAUUUAUUUAAUAAUAAUAAUAUAACACGUAGUGAUUGUUCAGGUGAUUAUAAUCGUUCAUUUGUAUAUAUGUUAAUAGCACAAUUCAAUUAUUUUAUUUGGCCAUUUAUUGUUUUAUGUGUUCUUAAUAUGUUAAUAAUGUUAAAUAUACGGAAACGAAGUCGAAAAAUGAAUCGUCUUAUGUCAUUUAAUCAAUAUGCAAAAAAUCGAGAACGAAAUAUUGGUUCAUCAUCAUUAGUAACAAGUAAAGAUACAGAUGAUGAUCAACAUUUGUCAAUAUUAUCUAAAAAUAAAAUAAAUUUAAUUGAAUGUUAUCCAUCAAAAAUAACUAAAGAAGAAAAUGAAAAUAUUGAUAAAUUUAUUCGUGUUCAAUUAUCUUCUUCAAAUAAAAAUCUUUCAAAUUUAUUUAAUCAAAAUAAUAAAUCAUCAAAUAAUUGUCAACAUACAAUUACACAUUUACCAUCACUUAUUUCUUCAUAUUCAACAAUUAUUCAAAAACAAUCUUCAACUAUGUAUGUUUAUUAUUUCUUUAUUUUUUUGUUUGAUUUUAGUACAAAUUCAUCUGUAAAUCGUUGUUGUUAUAGAAAUGAAAAAGAUUCAAAAGAAACUUGUAAAUCAUCAUCAAUGUUAUAUUUAUCAAGAAAAUGUGCAAGUGUUAAUUUUUCUUCUUCAUAUGAUUAUCGUAGUGAUUCAUUUAUUGACUAUCGAAUUGAAAGUGAAACUGAAGUAUCAAGAUCGAUAAUAAAUGAAUUACGUUCACAAAAUCAUUUAAAUAAUAAUAAAAAAUAUAAAAGAAAUCGUCAAUAUGAUUCAAGAAUUAUUCGAGAUCGUAAAGCAGCACGUUCUUUAUUUAUUCUUGUUAUUGUUUUUCUUAUAUUUUUAUUUCCAUAUGUUAUUUGUGCAAUAGCUUUAACAGCUAAUGCAAAUAUAUCUGGAAUUAUAUUUGAAAUAUCAUUUUGGCUUUUAUGGUUAAAUUCAACAUGUAAUCCAUUUCUUUAUCCAUUUAUACAAAUAAAAUAUCGACAUGCUUAUAUGAAAUUAUUUCAAUCUUGCUUAAAAUAUAUUACAUUUUCACGAUCAAAUCAUUCUUUUUAA